CAUACCUAAAUCACAUUGACAGAUGACAGUGACAGUUAAAAGUGACAACUACUUUUUGUUGUGGAUUGUGAAUUUCGUCGAAUUAUUUUUAAUUAUAUUUUUCGUACUUACAUUCUUACAAAGUACAUUUCAAAGUAUAUUUAAUACUUUAGAGUAACAUGCCUAAAGUACGAAGAAGUAAGAAACCACCACCAGAAGGUUGGGAACUUAUCGAACCAACAUUGGACGAAUUGGAACAAAAAAUGCGAGAAGCUGAGACCGAAUCCCACGAAGGAAAACGAAAGAACGAAUCAUUGUGGCCCAUAUUCAAAAUUCACCAUCAAAAAUCUCGAUACAUCUUCGACCUAUUUUACCGAAGAAAGGCGAUUAGCCGAGAAUUGUACGAGUAUUGCUUACUGGAAAACAUCGCCGACAAGAAUUUAAUUGCAAAGUGGAAGAAACAGGGCUACGAAAGCCUUUGUUGCCUGAGAUGCAUCCAAGCCAGAGACACCAAUUUCGGAACGAAUUGCAUUUGCAGGGUACCCAAAUCCAAGCUGGAAGAAGGAAGGAUUGUCGAAUGUGUACAUUGCGGUUGUAGGGGAUGUUCCGGUUAAUUUUAUUUGUUAUAUAACUGUCAUUAAUAUAAGUUUACAUUAUUAUAAAAUGAGUAGCAUAUUGUGCGAAUGAGUGCAGUAAAACUUGUCGAUUUUCCGUAUACAUAAUAAAAAACUAUUAAAUAUGUUUUAUACAAAACAAUUAUCAUCGUAAUUUUCGCUAAGGGUGAAUAAAUUGUCCAAACUCUCUUCAUAACUGUCCUUAUCUAGUCCACCACUAGCAAAUUCAUGAUAUCUAUUGAUUUUAAGCUUCUUUGCUUCGCAAUAAAGAGAUUCGAUCAUUUUUCCUACUUCAGUACAGCAGUGUAAACCAGCCAAAAGUGG